CACAAUUACUCAGUUAAUAGACGAUGAACUUAAUAAGGGUUAUCUCAUUGGACCGUUUGAGGAGAUACCUUUUGAAAUUUACCGCAUCAACCCCUUAGGACUAGCACAAAGUAAAUACUCUAAAAAGAAGCGUUUGAUAGUGGAUAUGUCAGCUCCACACAAUAACCAGGAUCAUCCAAGCCUAAACGAACUCAUUAACAAAGAGGAUUUUUCAUUACAAUAUGUGACUAUAGAUCAUGCAGUGCGAAUAAUCCAAUCUUUGGGUAAAGGAAGCUGGCUAUGUAAAGCUGAUAUCAUGGACGCUUUUAAACUUAUUCCAAUUCACCCUGCAUUGUGGCCAUAUCAUGGGAUUAAAAACAACAACAAAUAUUAUUUUUUCACUAGACUAGUCUUCGGUAGCCGUUCAAGCCCAAAAAUAUUUGACUACCUAUCAUCUGUGUUGUGUUGGAUUUUGCGGGAAAAUUAUGGAAUUUCAAACAUUCUUCAUUUACUGGAUGAUUUCUUAACAAUUGAUUCACCAGACUUUGAAGCAACACGAACUAUGGCCUUGGUUCACCAUGUUUUUGCUAAACUUGGUAUCCCAUUAUCAGAUAAGAAAACAAUGGGACCAUCUACAGAACUAGAAUACCUGGGAAUUAUCUUGGAUACCAACAGGAUGGAGGCGAGGUUACCAGAAGAAAAAUUGGUUAGAAUAUCUCAACUGGUACAGCAGUUUUCUACAAGGAAAUCCUGCACGAAACGUGAAAUACUCAGUCUUCUCGGCCAUCUUAAUUUUGCCAGUCGUGUGGUCCUUCCUGGCAGAUCAUUUGUGUCCUAUCUUAUUUCGCUUUCCACCAAAGCUCGGGAAUUACACCAUUACGUUGCCUUGAAUUCGGAGUGUAGACUUGACCUGCACAUGCGGUCCAAAUUCCUGGAAGGAUGGAACGGAAGAUCGUUUUUCUUGGACAAUGCUACCACAGAUGCCACCGAUCUACAUCUGUUCACAGACGCCACAGAUACGGCUUUUGGAGGAUUUUUUAAAAAUCAGUGGUUUCAAGGUUAUUUUCCGAAAGAACUGACCUCAGAAGACCAAUCCCUGUCAAUGGCUUUAUUCGAACUCUAUCCAAUCGUCGUCGCAUCGGUGCUCUGGGGGGCACAGUGGUCUGGUUUAAGAAUUGUAUUCAACUGUGACAAUGAAGCGACAGUUCACAUCAUUAACAAAGGGCGUUCGAAAAUACCCUUAAUUAUGAAGUUUAUGCGGAAACUAACUCUAUGUUCAGCAAAAAACAAUUUUAUUAUCCUUGCUCAACAUAUAAGUGGUGUCAAGAACUGUAUUGCUGAUGCCUUGUCUCGAUUUCAGAUGGACCGCUUCCGACAUCUGGCCCCACAAGCCGACCCUGUACCGAAGCCAUGCCCAGCAUAUUCGAGCCUCAUCGCGAUCUGAAGAACCAUGCCGAACAUUUAAUCGAUGCCUCCAUUGAGUCCAGCACUGCAGCUACAUACAGAGCAGGACUAGACUGUUUUUUAAGGUUUAUAUUGAUGUCUCGAAUGUGCUCAGCCUUUGAUAAAUUACCUGUCAUAAAUGAAGAUAUCCUUGUGUAUUUCGUAUCCCAUUGUCAACUUAUGUUAAAAUUGAGGUAUGAAACAAUCAAAACUUAUCUUGCUGGUGUACGUUUUUUCUACCUGAAAGAUGGCCAAUGUCUUAUGUUUAAAGAUUUUGAGAGGCUUCAUUGUGUCUUGCGUGGUGUCAAAAAGCAACAAUGCAACCUUAGAUCAAAGAGAUUACCGAUCACCUUUUCAAUUUUGUCUCAAAUGUGUGAUUGUCUGAACAAAGGUAUUUUUUCACCAAUGUUAGAUCUUAUGUUUGACUGUAUCUGUAAAAUGGCCUUUUUUGGUUUCCUAAGAUGUGGAGAAUUUACAACAAAUUUUCACAAGCAGAAAGAUUUUUUAACUAUACAAGAUGUCACAUUUUCAGAGGACGAGUCUUUUUAUAUCUUGAGGUUAAAUUCAUCAAAAACAGAUCCCUUUCGACAUGGCAUUGACAUUAAAAUUUUUGAGAAUUCUUACUUAAAUCCAGUAAAAACUAUGAAAAGGUAUCUCGAUAGACGCUUGAACCUUUGUCACACUCAAGAUCAUGCUGCUUUAUUUAUUGAUGACAAAGGUUACCCAAUGUCAAGGCAAUUUUUCUUAUUUCAUGUGAAACAAAUCCUCUGUAGAUUAGGUUUUGAUGAGACAAGAUAUUCUGGGCAUUCCUUCAGAAUUGGUGCAGCCACUUCUGCUGCUGCAGUUGGUAUUCAAGAUCACUUAAUUCAGUCAUUAGGUCGCUGGAAUUCAGACUGUUAUACAAGGUACAUUAGAAUCAAUCAAAAUACCAUCAAGUCUGCACAAACAAAAAUGUGCUCACUGUAAAUUACUGUAAAUUUUAUCUUCUUGGGGGCACUCACUCACAUCAAUUAUUGGUAUCCACUACAAUAUGAUGUUUAUUCGUUUUGGCCUGGUUACCCCCAAUUCAGAUAAAUUUCUAUGCAUUAUGUAAUUAGUUAUAUCUACCCGCUGGUGUCAACCCGGGUCCCUGCAUUUAAACCUGAUGGUGUCAACCCAGGUUCCAUCCCUUAAAUCCCGAUGGUGUCAACCCGGGAACCAUUCCUUAAAUCCCGAUGGUGUCAACCCGGGAAAUACUCUUUAAAUCCCGAUGGUGUCAACCCGGGAACCAUUAUUUACCCGACGGUGUCAACCCGGGUUUCUUAAGUUACAGCUAAUAAUUUCCUGAUGGUGUCAACCCAGGAGUUUUUCAGUUUUAUAUGUGAGUAGCCCCCGAGAAGGCCAAAUAUGUUGUAUUUUGUGUGAUUUUUAAUCUAUGCUUUGUCAGUAGAUUUAUUUGUUGUGCUUUUGUUGGUGUUUAAUAAUUGUAAAGUAUUUUCAUGUGUAGGUUUAAUAAAUUGUUCAACAUA